CAGGAGCAGUACACGCCAAGGAUCCCCGUCGACGAGUUGGCCACGCGCCUUGCAGAAGCAUUACACCAGUUUCGGCCAUGCUCUGGCAAGUGUGAAGGGGAGAAAAGAUAUGGAUCGGGAGCCCGUUCACUUUGGUGGCUGGCUGCCAAUGUUGCAACGCUGACGUGGUACGGAGAGGCUGAGCUUCAAGACUUGGGAGCACCUCCGCCAGUUGACUCCAGGAGAGAGUUCUACUCCCUGGCAGACAGCCGCUUUGCCCGCGAGAGACGGCAUGAGCCCCAAGUACGAGGAUGAAUGGCGAGAAGCCUUGCCACCACAGCCUUUCCCACUCGUAUCACCAUUUUCAGUGGAUGCCGGAUAGCCGACUAGCCAGAUGGUACUCGAUGGUGCCGAAAUCUUGCAGGGAAUGUUCAGGAGGAACUGUUUUUUGGGUCACUGCUUGCACCAAAUUGGUCGCGGUUGACCUAGCAGGAAGAAAAUCGUCCUGAAGAUGUUACCUAUUUGACUUCGGCAGUUGAAAAGACCUUUGGACGAAGC